AUGAGUAAUACUGAAGUACCCGAAUAUAAUGUGGUGGACUUCAAUAAUUAUAGUCCAGCUCAACAAGCACGAUUUAUACAAGCGAUGAUAUCAACAUUUAUGGAACCUGAACAUCCAACUGGUAUAUCCAAAACGAAUUUUAAUGAAGAUAAUGUGGAUUCUCAGAUAAGAGCAUAUGCAAAAAUUUCAGGUAGAAAUUGGACCUAUUACGUGAAAGACCUAGAAGUCGUGUUUGGUAGAAACACGAAUCCGCCAACUGGCACUAAAACCAUAGAUAUAAAAAAUGAUGUUAAUAUUGAUCUAGGCCCCUCAAAAGUAGUUUCUAGAAAGCAUGCGGUCCUACGUUUUAACAUGCAGUCUGGUCAUUGGGAGAUAUACGUAUUAGGUCGGAAUGGUGCUAAAGUUGAUUUUGAGAAAGUUAAUGGGAAAGCAGCACCCUAUGAGUUAAAAUCUGGGUCAAUACUAGAAAUUGGUGGCAACCAAAUGAUAUUCAUUCUUCCUGAAGAAACUCCAUCUAUAUCUAAAGAAUGUAUUAAGCCUUUUAUUCCUCAAAUCAUAAAUAAAUUUAGCGAUCUUUCUCAAUUAGACUAUGGAAACGAAAUUAAUUCGAUGAUUAUAGAUUUGAUCAAAAUGAACAGCAAUGAAAGUGAUAACGGAACUAAGCAGUCAAAUGCGAGACCAUCAGAAUCUGAUGUAGAAAACACGAAUAAAAAGGUAAUGAUUCAACCUAAUGAAAAAGUUAGAACAUUUAAAAUGUAUGGGAGUAAUAAUAGUAAGUUAGGACAAAAUAAAAACAAUAAUACAUUUGCAUUUAACAAUCCUUCAGGAACGGUAUUGUUUACCCCACAUAUGGGAGGAUCAUCAAAAUCUUCCAACUCUGUAAUCCAAGGCACAUAUUGGUCUCAAAAUUCAAAUUCAUCUGCUCCAUCAAUAAUUGCAACUGAAUUCCCUCAAUCAUUGGAUUUUGGCUCAGACUUAUCAAAUGAAGAAAAUAAGAACAUCAAGCCACCAUAUUCUUAUGCUACUAUGAUUGCUCAAGGCAUACUUUCAACACCUGAGGGUGUUAUAUCCUUAUCUGAUAUUUAUAAAUACAUUUCUGAUAAUUACGCCUAUUAUCGUUUUUCUAAGACUGGUUGGCAAAAUUCCAUUCGUCAUAACUUAUCUUUGAAUAAGGCCUUCGAGAAAGUUGCCAAAAAAAGUAGUGAAUCUGGUAAAGGUAUGAAUUGGAGAAUUACUAAAUCAUACCAAGAUGACUUUAUCAAGAAAUGGAAUUCUGGUAAGAUUACAAAAUUAUUGAGGAGAGGUUCAUCAGUUUCAAGACAACUUCAAUUACACAUGUCUAAAUACAACUGUUUACCUACAGAAAAAUCUCCAGAGAAGGAAAAAGCAUUAUCGAUACCAUUAGCAGCACCAACUGUAUCACAAUCACCAACAGCAACGACAAAGAAUACUACUAGUAAGAUCUCUAAGAUAAAAGAAACCACGGCGAACGAAAAAUUAACCACCACCGCCAACUCUAAUCCAUUAAAUACCGACAACUCUAUGCCUUUACUACGUAAAGCAUCUUAUGAACCUGAAUCAUAUCAACAAUCAGUAAACGAACAUUUAACGAAAGAAAAUCAAUUGAAUGGCAAUCCGGAUAAACAGGGUGCAAUUAUUUAUGAUAUUAAUACAAGCCAAACUCCUAAGUCUAUCAAACCAUCUAUCGGCAGUUCUUCGUUAAAAAUGUUACCAUUUCCAUUUGCUUUACCUAGUAUGUCACCUUCCAAUGAUCUUUUUUUCCGUUCACCAACAAAAUCUUUCCAUGUAACAGCAAUGGAGACUUAUACUCCUGAAAGAGGUGGCUCUAAUUUAAAUAGAUCACCGAAAUUAUCAAUACCGCAAUUAUCUACUAAUUUUGGUAACAAGAAUAUAAAUGAUUCAACGAAGAAAACAGAUUUCCAUAAGAAUCAGUUAACCACCAAUGAUGCUGCUUCUAUCCAACCCCCAGAUAUCAAUAGAUCACACAAUAUAGUAAGUUCCCCAAACGUAUGGAAUCUAAUGCAUUUCACUUCGGUCACUAAUACCCCAGCAAUCGAUGGUGAUAAAAAUAUAAGGCUUAAUGUUAACGCUGAAUGUAACAAAGAUAAUGAUGGUCUCCCUGAUCUAAAUUCUUCUCCCCUAAAACGUCAAAGUAAUAGGAGAUCGAAUAAUUCGACCGAUAACAACCCCACUUUAAUGUUAGAUACAGAGAGUGCAAAAAUCACUACUGAGUAA